CCUAAACUGGCAGUGGAGUUUUGGAGGCAAAGAAGCUGCUGAUCCGUACCGAAAACAAACCAGAGAACUAAGAUUACUGAAGAAAAAUAAAAAUGGCGUACUUGCUGAUGUUCGUGACCUUGCUGCAUCUGAUCACACUGGCCAUGCUGUUCAUCGCCACAAUGGAAAAGUCCUGGUGGGUGUGGGACGGUAUGGAGAACUCAGAUCUGUGGUACAACUGUAGAUUUGACAACAUGACAGGAACCUGGCUGUGCUCUUCAUCCAAAGAAACCGAGUGGCUCCAAGCAGUCCAAGUCCUCAUGGUCCUGGCUGUGGUCUUCUCCUCUGUGUCCUUCCUGGUUUUCCUGGGGCAGCUCUUCACCAUGUCCAAAGGGGGGCUGUUCUACUUCACCGGCCUGUGUCAGAUAUUUGCAGGUCUGACAGCUUUUAGUGCGGCUCUGAUUUACACUCUGCACAAUAAGGAAAUCCUCCAUGAUCUGAGAGAGCUGAGCCUGGGGCACUUCGGAUACUGCUUCUUUCUGGCCUGGGUCUGCGUUCCUCUGCUUAUGCUCAGCGGAAUCAUAUACAUCCAUCUACGGAAGAAAGAAUAAUGAGGCUUUAGGCCAACAAAAACACAAAGCUUUAAUAAAAAGAUCAGUCCCUUGUUUUGAUAUGCCUGAACUGUAGUAGUCACAAAUAACUUGUAUGUAUUACUUUUAUUAAGCCUAGUAAAACACGUGGGCCCUUUUGCAGAUAUCAAACACAGU